AGUAAUAUAAAGAAAACAUUUAAAGUUAUCUUAUUCCAAGAGAUCGGCAUUAGCUGAGAAGCGGCUCCUUGACGCGAUCGAUUUAUUGAAAGUGCGCAUGUGUGAAAGGUCGCCCACGUUCGGUAGAAAAACACAAGAAAAUGGUAGAAUAGCAGAAGUCUCGAGUGUUCAAGUCGCGUGGGCGCGCGAAGUAAGAGAGCUAGUCGUGUUUGUGACGACACAAAGAGAGAGAGAGGGACUGAAAACAAAACAAGAAGAACUAGUUAUCUGUGACUUCAAGUGACAGAAGAUAACAUAUCAACUCAAUGACUACAGUUAGUGGUGACGCCUAUUGUUGCCAUCUAUAGGCAAGCUUUGAAACUACAUUUCAUCAUGAAUAAGGGUGGAGAAAGUAACCUUCAACAGGAAGAAGCUGAAAACGAUGACGAAGAUAAGGAUAGCUCUAAAGAAGUCAAAUCCACGCCCUCUAGCGGAGAUUUCAAAGGAGCUAGACCUAAAGUUCGAAAUACUGAAGAAGCUGAACAAUGGCAAAAGAUGUUAAAGAAGGUUCAGAAAUCAUCUGAAAAAGAAACCCAGGAAAAAAGUGUUUAUGAUCCAAGAAAACCCGUAAAAGAAUCUCAGGCAGAAGAUAUUUAUAAUUCAAAAAAAUCGGGCACUGACCAGUCAUAUACAGAAGAACGUGAACACGAGCCGACAAGUGAUGACGAUGUUCGAGAAUCUUCAUGCCCCGAAUUCUUUGGAGUAAGAUCGUAUUUGCAUCAUUUCUACGAGACCAUGACGGUGAAAAACCCAGAUCUUUACGAAGAUUUUGAUGAACAUGAUAAUCGUUACUUGACUACUCCAGGAAAGAGGUGUCGCAUGGGAGUUUACUGGAAGGCCACUCUUUGUAUAGGCUUUCUCUUGCUUAUCUGUGGUCUGAUUCUUCUGUUUGUUGGCUACUAUGUCCGCCAGAGAGACGUCGUUGUUGGAUAUAAAGCUGACCUAGAGAUCAUUGACCGUUCUUCGCUGGAUUUUAACCGAAAUCUCGACAUCUGCAAAGUACUUGGAUUACUGGUUUUCUGCUUAGGUGGUGCUAUUCUAUUGGCAGCUUUGUUACUACCUACUCUUGUCUCUAAUUACUGCGAUGAUGACGACCAGGAGGCUUUCAAAGUCAAGGCUAAUUUCGAUGACCCUCAAGAAUCUCCCACUGAGAAAAAAAUUCCCGCUACGGAAGCAUUGACCAGCGUUCAGCCAAAACGAGGAGAAGACCAUAUGGUUAUUACAGAAGUCGGUUUAUGUAAAGUGCCAUAAGACACAACCAAUCUUAUAAUCAUUUUAAUUAGUUGUAACAACAAAAUUACCAAACAAAAUUACUUUUUGAUUGAAAAUGAUAUCCCAUUGAGUAUAUUUAUAUAUAUAAAAGCUUUGUUUUCCUUAAGAACGGUUAUGGAAUUGCUAAAGAUAAAAAGGUAAAAGAACACAUUUUCUCCAGUGAAAUACUCGUAUAUGUUGAUAUUUUAACAAAAGUUAGGAAACAUUUGUUUUACGGCAAGCUAUUAUUAAAGUUACAUACGCUGUACCAACUUGAGCCACCUUAUGAGGAAAUACUUUUGAAAUACAGUAUAAUGUGUGUAUUCAUUAGAAAGUCUGUUCGGCUCGUGAAACAUAAACGGAAAUAUGACACGUUCAUUAAUCAUUGCAGUAGAACUAUAGAAUGCAUUGUGUUUUUUGUCACGAUUUUAAACUCAAAGAUUUACUUUUAUAAUUUUAGGGUUAACACAAUAUGACCUGGAAUAAAAUGCCUAAAUUUAGCCCAAAGGCUCAGUGGACGACUGAAAAUGAUGUCGUCCAGUCGCUUGGCGUCAAGUAUCAUGAUAACUCCAAAACAGUUUGGUUAAGAAGUAUGCAAUAGUUUAUUUUGAUGUUAAUAUUUAACAAUAUUUUGAUGAUAGCAUGAAAGUUUUUUUCUAUGUUCAGUGACACACAUAAGAAACGUUCUUGUUUUUCCUUCGAGCUUGGUUUUCAGUUUUUAUAAUCUAACAAUCCUAUAUUAUGUUAUACAUUAUAAAUAUUAGUUAAAUUGGCCGAUGAAAGGACCGUCUUUCAGCAGUUAGUGAUCAAUACAUUCUAAUAUAUUUUGUGGGAUACUACUGCUGCAACAGAAUUAAAAUAAGUAGCGAAACUUAAAUUAUAUUUUCAAUAAAAAAAAAUACGUUUUCUUAUGUGGAAAAAUAGAAUGGUUUUUAUGGCAGGUCCUGUGACUAGGUGGCUGAUUGUUAUGAAUAUUACUAUAAAGUUUAUUGUUGUUAUUAUAUGGUUGCAUGUAAAAACGUACGAAUAUAUCUGUGUAAGAUAAAACAGCUUAACUUGUUGGAGUGUAAUGUUAGUUGUAAGUGCAUGUUACUU